GAAGUCUUGAGGUGAGGCGGUCCCCACAAAUGAAUUGGUUGCAAAGAAGUUAAUACCGUUUCGUACCGGCCGGUAUGGCCGGUAUGUACCGGAUUUUUCAUUGCACCGAAACGGUAUGAAGCUUAAUUUCGUUUCGGUCAAAUUUCGCUCAUUUCGGUCAAAUCUCGGUAUUCCGCCCGGUAUUCCGGCGUACCGGCAGUGUUGACAACCACUUCAAGUGACAACCACUUCAGAUUUUUUUGAAGAAGAGAGAUCUUCCCUUUCUGGUGGCUGCCGAACCCCUCUCCUUACCGGUGAUGAAGGUGGAGGCAGUGAUGAUGAUGAGACGCAAGAAGAUGUCAAGAUAUGUUCUCUCGUUUUGCUUCGAUCUUCUCCCUUUCGCUCGAUUGUGAACUGCUGGCUAGAAGCUUAGAAGUUGAGGAUGGGCUGUGCAGCGCGCGGUUGAAGAAGAAAGUUCAGGCUGAUGGACAGGAAGAGGAAGGGGAAGGAGAAGAGAUGAGUUAGGUCUGUAAAAGAGAUGGGGGGUGGCAAACGGUGUGCAGCGGUGACGAGAGGAUCAGUGAAAGCAAAGAGGGAGAAAGGAGAGUCGACGGCUGAGAACAAGGGUCCGGUUUAGGGACUUGUUUGAGCUUGGAUCUUAUGUUCGGAAUUUGGAUCUUGGGCUUGCUGAAGACUUGGACGUGGGCUUUUCUUUGGAAUCGCGUCGGUUGGGCGCCUCUGUGCGCGGUGUUCGGCCCGUUUGUAGUCCGGUGUUUUCUCAUGAUCUUUCUAACUUUUUUUUUCAUCUUUCACUCAUCUACUUCCUUCACACAACCCCAUCCUGCGUACAUAGUACUUCUCAUCUUUUCUUUCUCCCUUUUCGUUUCUUCUCUUUGUUUCCUCUACCACCCGCUCAUUUCUCUUUGAUUUGGUUGUGGUUUUCCCAAUCUAGUCCUUUCUAGCUCUUCUUUGGGUUCCUUUCUUUUGCUGUUUGUUUCUCUAAAUCUAAAUGUGGUGGAGAUUUUGUCACCGGAGAGAUGUGGAGGAAGAGAAAGAAGAAUCAUUCAUGUUUUGAUAUGAGCUACACAGCCAUGGCAUCAUUGAAGAGGGAUUAAUUUCUUCAAAAAGUAGAUUGAUUGGAGUACGGUAUGGAUUGGAAACGCCUCACCUUGUGUCCAUUUGUAGAUAUACUAGCUCUGCGACAGGUGAAUGUUGU